ACUUUUAUAAACUCUUGGAUCAAUUAAAUAAUGAAUACGAUGAAUUGUUGUUAGGAGGUCAUGCAGGGGAUGGGUUUUAUACAAACGGUAUCAGACUUGGUAGUGGAGUAACACAUAAUGUCACGCCAGAAAUGGCUAAACAGAGAGCGCUGGAGGCGGCGGAAAGGAGGAAAAGGAUGCAAAGAAUAAUGACAAAUGGUGGAGUUAGACUAGGUGGAGAUGGAUUAGUGAAUUAUGUGCCCAUGCGAGAAUUAGCUGCAAUGGCUGCUGAAAGAAGGAUAAGCGACAUGGUUUGGUGUGGUAGUGAGGAAAGGAAUGGGGCUAACCACGCGGGCCCUUCAAGAUCAUCGUCACAGCCGAGUCAAAAGCCUCAACGUCCGGUUCGAAUUCCGGACAAUAAGUUGCCGGGCGUUCGUCAGUGGAGUUGUCCCAGAUGCACGUUUGACAAUCGUCCGUCAGUUUUACAGUGUGAAAUGUGUUCGUUCAGACCAUCGGACACACCGGGUACUUCUUCUCAGCCGAUAGUCAUUGACGAUUCCGCGAAACCUACUCAGCCUGCUGUACCGUCGGCCAACAAUCAAAACGCAUUAGACGGUGGUGACGGUACCCACGAGAUGGACCUGAUAGUAUUUGACGACGACGUCGUUAAUAACAACAAUGGCGGUGUUGUUACAGAGACAUCGAAUCAACCAUUGAGCCUGAUCGAUACUUUGUUGUGCGAUCCAAAUUUUGGCGCGCAUGCAUCACCCGUAUCAUCACCACAAGGUUCCUCCGAGCCUGAUGGCGUCCUCAUCCCUCAAAACAAACGAAAGAACAGAGGCGAUGACCUUCGCAAAACCAAAAGCAACGAGAUCCGGGCGGAACCCCUGAAAGAGAAUUUCAGGUCAAAGAUCAGAUCAAAAAGGAGAGUAUACUCCUUCACCGAAUUGAUUCUAUAUAAAUCCUCCCCGAUUGCCAAGGAGAUUAAAUGUGCUUUCAGUGAAGAAGCAGCGGAAUAUAAUUUAUUAGUUGCUGAAAAAUCGGAUGGAGAUCGUCAAUUGGGCACGAAACGACUGACGACUCACCGAAAUGGUAAUGGUGAUAGUAAGGCUUACGUAGCCCCGGCAUUAAGAAAGAACGACGAACCGUUCUCGUUCAGUCUAUCAUUUAUCAAUGAGUUCCUGGAAGCACAGAACCGAUGGGUUGCUUUAAUGAUGAGAGGAAGCCUGGUAAAAAAACUCCAAAACCAGAUGAUAGAUUGCAAAGUCAUCGAGAACAUAGUCUCUAUUCAUUAUCGCAGUAAAGACGAACACGAGGAAAGGUGCAGUUCGCGGUACAUCAAAAAAAGCGAUCUUUCAGACCAACACAUUUGA